AUGGUCUUGUUUGCAUAUACUAUAGGAGCCUUCUCCCUGGUCCUUCACCUUUUAGUUGCCGCGCUAGCUACCGGGCCCAGAUACUCUGUCGUUGAACGCCUGGAAAAGAUUCCGGAUGGCUGGGUAGAUGUCGGAACCCCUUCCCCGUCGAAGCCGAUCGAACUUCAGCUGGCAGUACACCCAGAGAAAAUCACUGAAUUCGAGCAACGGGUCAUCGAGAUCUCUACUCCAGGUAACCAAAACUAUGGACGUCACAUGAGUCGGGACGAGGUCCGGAACUUCUUAUAUUCAUCUGAUGUAGCUCCGCGGAAGGUCCUCUCUUGGCUUAAGGCUGCACAUAUACCGGCUACAUCUAUCAACAAGCAUACAGGCUGGAUUACCUUUACAGUUCCCGUUUCGCAAGCAGAGCAGUUGCUAAGGACGCGGUUCUAUACCUUUGAGCAUAAGAAAUCGAGAGCAACCGUGGUCAGGACUCUCAAGUAUUCGGUGCCCAAAGAACUUCGAUCUUUUGUUCAGAUGAUCCAGCCAACAACUCGGUUUGGGCAGCUUAUGCCGCAGACUGAACCGCCACUCCUUCAAGCUCUGCCUGUCACUCUUAAAGAUCUAGUUGCAGGUUGUUCAUCAAUAGUCACACCUAGCUGUCUCCGCAAGCUUUAUGGAAUUUCUGAUUCCAAGCCCAAGCCAGACCGUCGUAACAGGCUUGGGGUAUCUGGUUUUCUGGACCAGUAUGCACGCUAUAGCGACUUUCAUCAGUUCUUGCGCCUCUACGCACCGAAUAUAACAGACAAUAACUACACCGUGGAGCUCAUCAAUGGUGGUCUCAAUUUGCAAGAUUCUUUGGAGGACAGCUCCGAGGCAAGCUUGGACAUCCAGUACGCUGCUGCUCUAGCUGAUACCCCUUUCACGACAUUCUAUAGCACCGCCGGGCGUGGCCCUGUCAUACGUGACCUGGGGCAUAAUGACCCAAGUGACCCUCACGAGCCGUACCUGGAACAACUCCGUUAUCUGUUGGAUCUCCCAGAUGACGAACUGCCUGCUGUUCUAACUACAUCCUACGGUGAAUUAGAACAAAGCGUGCCAGAAAUAUAUGCGAGAACCACAUGUAACAUGUUUGCUCAACUUGGGGCGCGCGGAGUCUCUGUGAUCUUUAGCAGCGGCGAUUCGGGCGUUGGGGACUCGUGCAUAACUAAUGACGGGACUAAUCGGACAAGGUUCCAGCCACUUUACCCGGCGUCCUGUCCUUUCGUUACGUCUGUGGGUGGCACCUACGGUAAAGAGCCUGAAAUGGCUAUUGGCUACUCCACAGGCGGCUUUUCAGAGUACUUCCCACGUCCUUCAUACCAGGAUGGUAGUGUCAACCAAUACUUGAGUCAACUGGGGUCCAAAUGGGAAGGGCUCUACAACCCCAAUGGAAGGGCUAUUCCCGACGUUGCUGCUCAGGCGGAUCAUUUUAUCAUCAUGGAUCAUGGACAGCUUCUGAAAACUGGCGGCACCAGUGCUGCGGCGCCUGUGUUUGCUGGUAUUGUCUCUCGGUUGAAUGCAGCUCGACUGGAGAGCAACAAGCCGAGGUUGGGAUUUCUCAACCCGUGGCUCUAUUCUCUCAACCAGACUGGCUUUACAGACAUCGUUGAUGGAGGUUCGGUAGGAUGUUUUGGUGAUGUUGGACGGGAGGUGCCGUAUGCCAGCUGGAAUGCAACUCCUGGGUGGGAUCCCGUCACAGGGCUUGGAACGCCCUACUACAAGGCACUUGUUGAACAAGCUAUGUCGAUAUAA